CUGAGCUACUGACCAAACUUUGGUGAAACUUCUCAGAGAUGUCUUUGACUCAAGCCUGUUCCUCAGGUACAAUUCUGCUGCUGCUAUUAAACCUGCUCCUGUGGAAGAGCGUGUUCCCCACACCGACCUGUGCUGAGGAGGAGGAGGAGGAAGACUGCCAGCUGUCCACAGAAGAGCUGUUUGACCGCACGGUUUUCAUGUCUCAGUACAACUAUGAUCUCGCCACACAAAUAUCGGAUGAGUUUAGUGAAAAAUUUGCCAAAGGUCGGGGAUACGAAACCACGAAUGCCACCACCUGUCACACAGAUUCCGUCUCCGCUCCCAAAACCAAUGAGGAAGUCGAGAAGACACAUGGCAAAAACCUUCUGAAAAUGAUGAUUAGUAUUUCACGGGCCUGGUUCCAUCCUCUGGAAGGCCUGGUGAACGCAGUGACAGCCCUUGAUGGCGCUUCUGAAGAUAUGCUGGCAAGAGCCAAAAAGCUGGAGGAGAAGAACGCUGGACUGCUGAAGGAAAUCAAGACGUUACUCGUUAGGGUUUAUCCUGGAGUUGAAGAAACUGUCUACCCUGUCUUCAUGGGACUUCUAGAAUUGAAAUCGGACGAUGAAGAUACUCGCCUUUCUGCCUUUUAUAACCUGAUGCACUGCCUACUCAGGGACACACAUAAGGUUAACAUGUACCUCAGUGUCCUGAAGUGCCGAGUCAUUCAAAGCAAUAACUGCUAA